UUGCGUCAGGCGCAGCCUCAGUGUGUCACCAGGUUGCCAGGGCAAGGAGCGGCCGCUCUGGUCCCUUCAGCGGGAACACUGGGUGCUCAGCCCGAGCCCCCGUGUAUGCAGAGGGCUCGGCUGCUCGGAAGGGAUCCAGGCUUCCGCAGCCAGGGCUCGCCUGUGUGCUUGGUCGUUGCUGCUGUUACCCCAGCGACGGGCCACCAGCUGCAAUGCACAGUCUGGUCUUCACUUACCCGUUUUACAGAGAACUGGCUCAGAGAGGUGGGAACACUAGCCUGAGGCCUCACAGCUCUUCAGUGGCGGUUUGAGAGGUUUGAGAGCCCACAGCCCGUUUGUUCUCCCUCGGGGCUGGGGCAAGUGAGGGCCUUUUGCACAAAGGAGAAUACGCCAGCCCUAUAGGCAUGCUCCAGGUGGAUUCCCUUCCCUCCGAGCCCGAGUGAGCAUCUGUGGAAUGGGUGGAGCUGGCCUUUCUCCCGCUGCCCCAUGUGGUCCAGCCUAUGAGGAUGAAGUUGGCGAGAGUGUGGAGGUGCAGAGGCUCCCGGGGGAGGCGUGCCUGCUUCCACGGAGGGAGGCAGCUCUGUGGCAGCACCUAGGACUUCACGCCCAGACAGAGGUUAGGACUCAGGAGACCCAGGGCUAAAAGAAAGGUGCCCCUCCCCCCUGCCCUCUACCCAGUCACCUGCACAGGUCCCCAGGGACGCCUAGAUGGGUAAACACAGCCUUGUUAGGCCUGUGGCAGCUCCCCUGGGGACCCCCUGCCAGACAGGGCGUGUCUGAGGAGUCUCCGGGCCCAGCAACCUCCCAGAGAGACCCAAACCCUGCCACAGUCUGCCUGGGGCUGGGCCCAGCGGCCUGGCUGCCCUGCCGUGGCCCCUUCUCGGGGUGACUUUCUGGGUGUUUGUGUCCUCACUGGCAUGCAGUCAAGCCCAUUCCCAUGGAAUCUUCCCUGGUGGCUGUGCUUGCCCCAGAGCAACGUUGUUAGUGAUGUAACCGACCGUCUGCCCCACCAAGCAGGAACUAGCUCACUCUCUGGCCCUUUAGGAAACAGUUCGCAGACCCCUGGUUCUACAUGGGGAAGCCAUGCCAGGCUGGAUGGGCUCACCACAAGGAAGCUUCUAGAAAGAAAAGGAGCCAGAUGGAGCCUGAGGUGCUAGGGAUGGGAGGUGGGCAAGAAGGAGCUGUCAGGAACAACCCUGGGGGUCUGGCAUUUGAUCUGGGGGUUGGGGCCAUUCACUGAAUUGGGGAACAAGGCGAGGAAGAACCGGCCUCUUGGCAGGGGUUCUACUUGAGUGCAGUGCUGUCUUGGCGGUGGGUUCUGGGCCAGGCUGGGGGCAGCUGGGCUGCUGUGGGAGCCUCCAGGCAGGCGUCUGGCCCGGUGGCUGGUUCCUGGAACUCCCUGAAGGAGGAGGUGACCUCCAGGUGCAGGAGUUGGAGGUAGUCAGUGGCAGGGAUGGUGGGUGGUUCUGGGUCUGCAGUGGGGCACCCAGGCGCUGACAGGUGUUUCGUAACCUUCCUGGGUGGUGCUACUUUGCAACCAGGUGGAGAACCUCUGGGCUAGGGCUCCACCGGUGGGGGUGGAGGUGGGGAAGAGGUGUUGGCGGCCACGUCCUGCCGGGCUUAGCUGGAGGCCUCACAGGAGGCUUUUAGAGGGGCUUGUGUGGGUCACAUUUCAUCCAAGACGCCUUGGCUGCUUGCACCCCUCCCCAGGGCUCCGAUUCCACUUGGGAGCAGGUGGUUGGUUGACUGGGAGAAUUGAAAUGAUGCUUAAAAGAGCUUAUCACAGUGCCUGACACCAAGGCAGCAAUUGAUAUGGCAUUAUUAAUAUUAGUCCCAAAAUGGCCAUGGACGACCACAUUAACAGUAACAGUGUAUGUCUGCUCUCUGCUUCCCCACACCUGGAACAUACUAGGCCCCAUGAGUCUUCCUGGUUUAGUCAGUGCAUUCCUGUUGGGACAGUUUUGAGAGACACAGGGCCGCCUAGUGGCCAUGUCGAAAAUUGCAGCCCUCCAGGGAAUCCUCAACUGGGAGCCCUCCAGAAAACGUGCUCCCAGUGAAAUGAAUGGGAUGAUGGAUGAGUUUGUUAUUCUGAUUGUGGUGAUGGGUUCCUGGAAUAUACAUGAGCCAAAGUUUAGCCACGUUAUAUACUUUGAAUAUGUGCAGUUUAUUAUAUGUCAGGUAUAUCUCAAUAAAGCUAGUUUUAAUUUUUAAUUUUUUUGCCCCUCCGAUGAACUGAUCCUGGUGUGGGGCUCCCACUUUCCUGGCCCUCGGGUCUCUCCACAUGAAACAGGAAUCUCAGUACAGAGGGAGGGGUCUUUCGUCAGAUGAUAGAGGUCCCGGGAACCUCGGGCAGGGUUUCCAGCUCGGUGGGAGCUGAGGGCCCCGAUGUCUGCAGAGCAUGCUGUUUCUUGUCCCCUGGUCCCUCUGUGAGGAAGGAUGCCUCUGGCCCUCAGACAGCACCGUGUCCGGCAGUGGAAUCCCAGAGCCUCAGGUCUACGCCCCACCGAGGCCCACGGACCGCCUGGCCGUGCCCCCCUUCGCCCAGCGGGACCGCUUCCACCGCUUCCAGCCCACCUACCCCUACCUGCAGCAUGAGAUCGACCUGCCGCCCACCAUCUCGCUGUCGGACGGGGAGGAGCCGCCGCCCUACCAGGGCCCCUGCACCCUCCAGCUGCGGGACCCCGAGCAGCAGCUGGAGCUCAACCGCGAGUCGGUGCGCGCGCCCCCAAACAGGACCAUCUUCGACAGCGACCUGAUGGACAGCGCCAUGCUGGGCGGCCCCUGUCCCCCCAGCAGCAACUCGGGCAUCAGCGCCACGUGCUACGGGGGCGGCGGGCGCAUGGAGGGGCCGCCCCCCACCUACAGCGAGGUCAUCGGGCACUACCCCGGGUCCGCCGCCUUCCAGCAUCAGCAGAGCAGCGCGCCGGCCUCCCUGCUGGAGGGGGCCCGGCUGCACCCCGCGCACCUCGCGGCCCUGGAGAGCGCCGCCGCCUGGAGCCAAGAGAAGGAGAAACAGAAGGGACACCCUCUCUAGGGUCCCGGCGGCGGCCAGGGCAGCGGUGGGUGAAAAGGCAAAACACUCCGCACUUCUAAGAAGAGAGAGGAGGCCGGGCCGGACACGCGCGUCGCCAUCCCCUCCCCCUCCCUGUGUAUAAAAAUAGUUACAUGUCUGUCUGGUCCGGAUGCACAAGCUAAGAAAGCUUGCAAAACAGAACACACACACACACACACACACAACCCAUGUUUCUUUGUUGAGCCGUGUCUUGAAGGCAAAAGAGAAAAAACAGUUCUCCCCUAGUUUUUUCUGUUGCUAGUCGAGCUUCGUGAAGGCUUCCUUUCGUUUGUUGAUGACGAUUUCACUUAACUUUAAAAACAUAUUUGCACAAAACCUUUGUUUAAAGAUCUGCAAUAUUAUAUAUAAAAAUAUAUAUAAAGUAAGAGAAACUGUAUGUGCGAGGGCAGGAGUAUUUUUGUAUUAGAAGAGUCCUAUUAAAACACACACAGGUUGUUUUCUGAGCUAGAAGAGAAAGUGGCCCCUUUGGCGCGCCGUCUCAGAACGUGUGUAUUACCUUGUAAAGAAAGCAAUGACAGAGCAGGGGUCUAGAGUUAUUUAUAUAAAUGUUGAGCUUUUGCACUAUUUUUUAAUAUAAAUAUGUCAGUGCUUGUUUGACGGAAACUUUUAUCAUGUUUGUCGAGACUCUAAGGGAGAGAUGCCCAGCCCGGCGGCGGGCAGAGGGGCUCCGCCUGGGCGGAGAGGCUGGGACAGGCGCUCCGCUCCGCAGUGGGCGCUGUGCCUGGGGUAGGCUCUUCCCUCCUUACACAUUCCCGCCCGAAGGGGACACGUUUCCUCCUCGGGGUCAGAACAGCCUUUGAAUCGCAUGACAUAGAGGCACCGAGUUCCAGGUGGUGGCUUUGCCUUCCCCAACUGAAAAUAAACUGUUACUGAAGGAA